AUGACAGGAAUCUCCACAGACAAUCUCACUGUUCAGGAUGAAAUUCUAAAUGUGCACAAUGCCUUCAGGAGAAACGUGGAGCCUACUGCCAGUAACAUGCUGAAGAUGAGUUGGAGCACAGAGGCAACAAAGAGUGUCCAGGCAUGGGUCAAUGGGUGUUCCAUGAGUCACGGUCCACCCAGUACCCGCAUGAUUGGAACAUAUGAAUGUGGAGAGAACCUGUUUAAGUCCUCCACACCUCUCCCCUGGAGUGAAGUCAUUCAGGCCUGGCACAGCGAGGUUAAAAAUUACCAGUAUCCCAAUGGAUCUGCAAAUGGUGGCACAAUUUUUCACUACACCCAGGUGGUGUGGUACAGCUCUUAUGAGGUGGGGUGUGCUGUGGCCUCCUGUAACAACUCACUGUAUUUCUAUGGCUGCCAUUACUACAGAGCUGGGAACUUCAAAGGAGUACCCCCAUAUACAGCUGGCCCCUCCUGCUCAGCCUGUCCAGAUGCUUGUGAGGACAAGCUAUGUACCAACCCAUGCCCAUACAUUGACAAGUUCAUCAACUGCCCUUCCUUGAAGGCGGAGGCAGGUUGUGAUAACUCAUAUGUUAGUGCCUGGUGCCCAGCGCUCUGUCAGUGCAAUGGAAAAAUCAUCCCUGUGGGAAAGAAGUGACCGACAACUACAUGGCAGAGCACUAUGGAAUUACUCCCACACAUAAAGUUUAUAUCUGUGGUUUUACCUGAGUUGAUGAAAUAGUGGUGUGAAAACCCCAGGUAAAUUAUUUCGUGUUUGGUCUUUCAGGUAUUUGCUAACUAGAAUCAUCCUUUCGCAGCAUCUGUAAGAUGGCUAAAGCCACCUUCUAAAUUCCAAGAUUUCUGACAUUAAAAACGAAAUCUACUGUAUAGGGGAAUGGAGGAGGUUGUGGGACUUGUCUUAUCUUCUUGGAAUUUAUCCUUGACACUGUAAAGUCAAUCAGUACCACUCUUGCCAGUCAGCUUACUUACUACCAGGCAGUUUUUUCUAUAACAUUGGUGCCAUUCCCUCUGUAUUAGGUGCAUCUUGUU